UAGGUGUGUGCUGAUCUGAGACCAGCCGUUGGCAGCAAUAUUAAUGAUCGACUCCGCUUUGCUAAAGUGACAACACUGAACCUGGAUCUUACAUCGCUGUGGUCUUCUUUAGAGCCUGUUUUAUAAGGUGAAAUGAUGCGUUCAAUGUCGACACGGUGAACGUUUUUUAAAUAUAUCUCAUCUCUUAUGUGACUUAUCGACACACCUACAUUUCUUUCCUCGAAACUAAGUGCAAACUCUGCCACCUUUUGGUGAAACACGAGCAACAACAAAAACACAACAGGCAACUGUUUGGCUCGUUUAUUGCAUGACAAAGCAACAAAACAUUGGCAGCUAAAACAAUGUAGUGCUGUUAGGAGUCGUGCAUUGAAAUAACACUUUCACGACCUCCUUUUUUUGGGGGGAGAUGAAACUUGUUUGUAAAGGUGGGAAUGUGUCAGCAUGUGCAGUGGCAUGGCUCAGAGGUGUUCAAACAAAGCCGUGCACUCGCACAUAAGAGGAGUUUGACCGAUUUACACAUCGCGUGCGAACCAAGCGCUUCUCGUGACAGCGGGACAGAUGCUUCUCAGGCAAAUGCUGCCUUCACUGCAGGAAGUGUAACGAAGCAGCACGGCGCAUGCUCUCGCGUCUCUCCGACAAGCGGAGGAUGAAUUAUCUCCUGCUGUAAAAACGCACUGUGGGGAGGGGUGAUGGCGGGUGCUGAGGUCAUUGUGUCUUCAGGGGAUCUCAUGACAGUGAAGGAGGAGGAAGGGGAGUUCAGUGGCAACAACCAUAAGACUCAGGUCAUCCUGCAUCUGCAGCCUAUCCUGCACGGGGUAAACGAUGGCAUUGCUGACACUGGAACUACAGUCUUGGCCAUAGAGACACAUCGGGACAGUAAAGCAGACGGAGAGGAGAUCGAGUACGGCUACCCCAUCACCUGUGGAGACAGCAGAGCAGUUCUACUAUUUAAGAAGUUUGUGUGCCCUGGAAUCAAUGUCAGAUGUGUCAAAUUCAAUGACCAGCUCAUUAGUCCUAAGCAGUUUGUACACCUGGCAGGUAAAGCCACUCUGAAGGACUGGAAAAGAGCCAUAAGACUGGGAGGGGUCAUGCUCAGUGAGUCGAUACGCCAACUCAAUAGAAAAAUGAUGGACUCCGGCCAGAUAGAUUUCUACCAGCAUGACACCGUGUGCAGCAACACCUGCCGCAGCACUAAAUUUGAUGUGCUGGUCAACACCACGCGCCUUCCUCCAGGGACCUUAGUGCAGCCGAGCCCGUCAUGUCUGGCUCUCGACCCCCUUGGAGGACAGGUGCCUGCCCUGACAGGAGAGGUUGUACAUGAUGCAGCAGAGAUAGAGGAGCCUUUGGAGGAGAAGUUCAGCACAACAGCAGAGUGGAGCCCUGGUCCAGCCGGGUCUGUGAAUCCCACAGCAGCCAAUGGACAUGCUACAAAGAGAAAGAGGGCAGACACACCUGAUGGAGUAUUGGGCCUGUGGAAGGGUGUGGCAGACUCUGGGCUGAUGGGGGAGGUCCUGUCCAGUCUCCAGACUGAAUUAUUAGCCACUUUUAAAGGAGUGGAGGCUCGCAGUGAGAAGGCCAACCUACAGGAGACAGAUGCUGUUAUACUUAAUUCCCUGUGCAAGAUGUUUGGGCUCUUAGACUCAGUCAAGCAAGCGCUGGAUUUGAAGCGAAGCCAGGACGAAGAAAACAAAAUCCAUAACAAUGUUUAUGUGUUUGAUGAGAUUUUGGAGGACCGGAGGAAGCAGGGUUGUGAUAAAAGCACCUCCUGCAAAAUGAAAUCCUCGAAGCAUCUACAACCUCAACGUCACAACCCGUCAAACAGCCAAAUCCACAACUUGCUGUCCCCCAUCAAAAUGAACCCCUUGAUCCAGUCUCUCUCUGUUGCUGGUUUAUCUGCUGCAUCCUACGCUCAGCUAACCAUCAACCCUCAGCUCUUCACCCAUUUGUCUGUCUCCACUGGCCAGCUUCACCAUACCCGAGUUGGCAGGACGGACGGCCAUAGUGCUAUGCUGGAGAGAGAGCUCGGUGAGACAGGGACAAAGGAGAAGCUUCACAGGGUCAAGCAGGAGGACUUGGAGAAAGAGGAAGCCUCAAGGAUCCACAAAUCUGGACAGAGGACUGUAAAGUUUCAUGAAGAUCCAUAUCUUAGUGAGGAAGUAGAGGAGAGAGAGCGCUUCCGUGACAUUGAAAGGGUGGUUGUAGGAAGAAAGUCAACAAAGAAACAUAAAAGUAAGUGAGGGAGACAGACAGUCCAAAAGGGAUGCUGGACUAAGCGAGGGAAUGUGCCUGAGACCUGAAGACUAUAAAGGGAAAAGAUUAAAAACAACAUUACUAUGUCAAACCAACUUUGUUCUUUACUGUUUGACAAGUUUUCCUGUGUGGUUACGUGCAGUGUUAUAGGCACAGAUUUGUUCUUGCGUUGAGGUUGUAAAUGGCACAUUCAAUAUAAGUAUUUUGGACAUGUUUUUCUAACAUUUUGUCAAUUCUAAACACAACAGAGUUGAAAUUUUAAGUCAAUUCAAUGAUUAGGCAAUUCACAGAAACUUAAUUGGCAACAAUUACGAUUAAUCAUUUUCAACAAAAAUGCCCAAAAUGUACCAGUCCCAGUUUCUCAGAUCUGAUUUUCUUAGACUUUUAUUUGGGUUUUGGACUGUUGGUUGAAUAAAAUUUGCAAUAUUUUGUAAUAUAAAGAAGUCACUUUGGACUCUGGGAUAUUGCAAUGAGGAUUUUUUUA